CCUGUACACUUUAUCUCAUACAGCCCGCUUGUUUUUGCGUGUCUAAGGCACGGGCUCAAUAUCUCGGAGGUGGAAUACCGAGCGUCGUUCGAAGAGAACGUCUUUCGGGUCUUGAAACCUGCAACAUCGAAGAGCGGCAGAUGCUUUUUCAUGACAAGAGAUGAGAAGUUCAUACUCAAAUCCCUUGUAAGAGCAGAGGCUGAUUUCAUGUUGGACAUGCUUUGUCACUAUUUCGAGCAUGUGACGAAGCAUCCACAAACUUUGCUCCCAAGAUACUGUGGCUUGUAUGUGGUG